AUGCCGCUAUUUAUGCACAACUAUAUUGAUAAUAUAGUUGAUGUUGGCACCGACGACAAUUGUGGGUAUCGAGCUGUUGCCGGUUUGCUCGAAAGAGGAGAAGAAAAUCACACUCUUAUUCGACAGACACUUAUUUCAGAGUUGACUUCGCAUAGGGACAUCUACGACCGAUUUUAUAAAAAUCAAGAAAACUUUGAUAAAUGUCAUGAUUCCCUUGUUCCAUCACUAACCGCUCACGCACCGAUUUCAGAGUGGAUGUCAUUCCCCGAGAUGGGCCAUCUUAUAGCAAGUGCGUACGACCGGGUGUGUGACGAUUUGAUGAGAUUUGGAUUUUCAAAGACAUUUUUUCCGCUUCAUAGUCGCCCACCUUUGGACGCGUCCGACCGCAUCAUUUGUAUCAGGUAUCUAAGAUCGCGCCACUUGGUGCAAGUUUUAUUGAAACCCGGGUGUCCUAUUCUGGCUACCUCUUGUCAGUGGACACAUCGUACAAAAGAGGCGGACGCUUGGCCGGAUCCUUUUUUUGAAAGAAUGACGGAGUUCGAACAAAUGAUGAAGCAAGAGCGAGAGGAAAAUAGAGAGAGGUCGAAGAACUUACCGAUUUUAGAUUUAAGUGCCGACGGAUCGUUCAGGGCAUUUUAG